AUUUUGGUUUUGCACUUUUAAACUUGUCAACUUUCCCUCCUCUUUUUUGUUAAUUAGGUUAGGUUGUUCAAUUUGAUUUUGAAUUAACAAUUUUUGGGUCGAAACAAUGAACACAAAGGGAGAUUUGAAACGCCAAAACUUUUACGACUUACUGCUCGAGAAGUGUUUGAAAGACAAUAUGGAUGAUGACCCAGAAUACUUUUUUGAUUGUCUUCCCGACGAACACUAUUCCAAUCGCGUAAAAACUUCAACUUGUUCAUCGAAACAGAAAAGACUUGUGAGAAAAUUUGAAGUCACAUUGAAAAGUUGUCUUCAUGAAAUGGCUUUGAGGCGAGAAAAGGCAAAAAUUCUGUGCCUUGAAGAUUUAAAGAGGCUUGAUUUCGCAUUUAAGGGUGAAUUAAGAAGGUUGUAUGAUUUAGUGGGAUCAGAGGAACUUCAGGAAUACGUCAAACUUUGUGUUAUUCCUGAUCAAAAAAUUAUAGAUUUGAUCGAAAAUAAAAUACAAAGUAAUCUCAAAGAAUGUCUUGUACGUCAAGCUGGAUUAAAGAAGAAUACACCCGAAUUCAGAAAGUGGAUGAACAAGACUUCGAAAGAAUGGUGUCGUUUGUUACAGACUGUUCAAGAGGAUGAGCUCGUUGUUUAUGCCCUGCACGUCCUCAAAAAGGCUGGUUACUAAUUUUUGAGGGUAAUAGAGGGCAUACUUUUUGUUAUAAUGAACUUGUUUAAAAAAGAAGAUUAUUUUUAUUUAUUUUAAAGAAUUAUUCUUUUUUUUUGUUUACUAAUAAUAAUUACAACUACAAUUUA